GGCCCGGUGUAUAUAAGCGCGAGAGGGCCAGUGGCCUCCAUCGUCCUCAGCCCGCUCCUCCUCCCCGUCCGUCCCCACACACGCACGCGUUUGACAUUUUCCGCCCACCACCGCCGGAGGGAGCUCCAGCCAUGGCCGCCAAGUGCUACCCGACGGUCAGCGACGAGUACCUGGCCGCCGUCGCCAAGGCCAAGCGCAAGCUCCGCGGCUUCAUCGCCGAGAAGAACUGCGCGCCCCUUAUGCUCCGCCUCGCGUGGCACUCGGCCGGGACCUUCGACGUGGCCACCAAGACCGGCGGGCCCUUCGGCACCAUGAAGUGCCCCGCGGAGCUCGCGCACGGCGCCAACGCCGGCCUCGACAUCGCCGUCAGGCUGCUCGAGCCCAUCAAGGAGCAGUUCCCCAUCCUCUCCUACGCCGACUUCUACCAGCUCGCUGGAGUCGUCGCCGUCGAGGUCACCGGCGGGCCCGAGGUUCCCUUCCACCCGGGGAGACAGGACAAGCCCGAGCCUCCUCCAGAAGGCCGUCUUCCUGAUGCUACCCAAGGCUCUGACCACCUCAGGCAGGUGUUUUCCACUCAGAUGGGUUUGAGUGACCAGGACAUUGUUGCUCUUUCUGGUGGUCACACCCUGGGAAGAUGCCACAAGGAGAGAUCCGGCUUUGAGGGAGCCUGGACCGCCAACCCUUUGAUCUUCGACAACUCUUACUUCACUGAGCUCCUUAGUGGGGAGAAGGAAGGCCUUCUUCAGUUGCCGACCGACAAGACCCUCCUGACUGACCCGGCCUUCCGCCCACUUGUGGACAAAUAUGCUGCGGAUGAGGAUGCUUUCUUUGCUGACUACGCUGAGGCACACCUCAAGCUCUCCGAAUUGGGAUUUGGCGAGGCUGUUGAGGGCUGCUGCUGAUUCAAGCUCGGCGCCUGAAGGUUAAUGAAGAAGAAGAAGAUCAUGAAGAAGAAGAGCAAUAAGGAUGUGUUGGCCUGCGGCCAUGUCAUGUGUUUGUCUGGACUUGGAUUAGAUGGGUUGGUCGAUGGGGUGUUGCAUUGUUUUGCUUUCGACGCCUCGUGUCAUCUUGUGAUGGGCGUUCUUGUAGUCUGAACUGCUAAGUGUUAUGUAGUUCCUUUCCGGUUGAAUUGUUAUUCCCUGUCGAGGACGAAAUGAAAAUUUGGUUGCCCACA